CACAGUUCGAAAUGUUUUUCCAAGGGCUUAGCCUGCUCUUAGCAAUUCCUUUGAUGUGCCUUCCUGGAGUUCCUGGAGGUUUCGAGCCUACAGACCGCAUCGUUGGUGGAAAAAAUAUAGCCAUCACUGAAGUUCCUUGGCAGGUCUCUCUACAAUAUAAGGGUCAGCAUUUCUGCGGUGGAUCCAUCUACAGUGAAACCAUGAUUAUCACGGCUGCCCACUGUGUUAAGGAUAAGAUGACCUUGCCCCUCGAAAUUCGAGCGGGAUCCUCGAAAUACAAUAACGGUGGCACUUUGGUAAAAGUAGAAGCCAUCCGAUAUCACGAAAAAUUCAGCAGGAGAUUGGGCAACGAUGUUGCUGUUAUAAAAUUAAAAAGCCCUCUAACGUUUUCCGAUACCAUCAAACCCAUUUCCUUGGCAGAAAAGGACCCAGCCGUGGGAUCGGUGGCCUUAUCGACUGGCUGGGGCGCUACAAAAAGGAAUAGUGGUCCCCAAGAUCUACAGGGAGUUGUAAUAAAGAUCGAAAGACUAUUCUGGUGUAAAUUUAGAUAUCCGUUUAUACUUCCCUAUAUACAUAGUAACGACAUUUGCGCUGGAACGAGGGGUAAAUCAGCAAGUGACGGAGAUUCCGGUGGACCAUUGGUCGUGAAUAGAAAGCUAGUGGGGAUCGCUUCACGGAAAGGAAACUUCCUCUGUUGGUCAUCUGGAUUUUACGUCAGUGUGGCGAAAUUCAACAAGUGGAUUCAAAAAGCAAUCAAGUCCUUUUAAAACUA